ACUGUCAUCUUGGAAAAUUGUAUUUCAAUUGCAAUUUGAUAUGAAUCAAAAUGUGUUUGCCCUGAAGGAGUCUUCAUUUGACAGACAUGUUUUUUUCCACGGGUUUUUCCCCUUUUUCUCUCUUUCUCCAAAGACAUUUAUUGAUUUCAAAUGUGAUUUGAUGAAGUCAUAUUGAAGCUACAUGUAGGCACUGGUCAGAUAAAUUUUGUUUUGUUCAUUUCUGUCCUUGUUUAUUAAGCACUUCCUAUGCUGUUUCUUUCAAUCUUAUGAUAUAAAUCAAAAAUCCAUUUGCAGUACUAUUUUUCGUAAGUAAAAAACAAACAUCACAGAAAAAGUGCUAUGUUAAAAGGAGAAUGAUAUCAGUUGUUACAAGUCCCAUCUAACUUAAUGUACCCUCUGUCUUGUCUUUUUAAUAAUACAGCGUGAUAUAAUUCUACCAUCGCCUGAUCAGAAGAAAGAAAACUUGCCAAAUCCUAAACGUACACAGCGCCCUCUAUCAGACGGUGACAUCCUCUCAGAAAGCUACCUCCAACGUCUCCAGAGUCCUCUACCAACUCCUGAAGAAGCCGUCCGACAACAUGUGGGCCCCUCAUCACUGGUUACUGUGGACACAUCAGGGACUGGGUUUGAGCGUAUGGCAAACAUCAGACGCUCCCUCACACUCACCUUCAGGAUGUCCUCCAGGGGGAGGAAAGAACGCAGGGAGAAGAAGGCCUGGCGAAGAACAGUAUCAGGUAUCCCUCGGGAGGUUGAAGAGGAACUCAAGAAUGGGCGUGCACGCUCGAACUCUGGAAGUGAAUACACCAGUAGCUCUAGCGCUGAGUUUGAGGAGAUACGAACUCAGAGUCUGGACAGGAAGCUGAAGUAUUCUGUGCGGGAGUACAACAAGGCUUACGAAGCUCGGAAGGCUGCAGGCAAGGAAGGGAAGCCAAGCAUUGCAGUCGUUGCUCCUCUCAGGAACAGGAGAAGAAACCGUCACUCACUUGGUGAUUCCAGUAAAUUAGAGAAGGCUCUGAGCAUGAAUGGAUCGGCUUCACUUCCUAGAGGAAUGGGACUACUAAGACCAAACUCAGUGCCACCAGGAAGUGCUAUGGGAACUGUUCAAUUCUCUGGUUCUUCUGCUGACAGCUCAAUGGAGAGGAUCUGGCAGACAUCGGCAGUCAACAGGCUCAAUGAAAGUGCUGAAUCACGUAAGCACUCUGGUAACCUGCGGAAUGGCAAGCCUAAACUCUUCCUGCCACAGAUGUCUCACUUACCGAACGCAGUGAUCACCACCCAGUCUUAUGUGAGGCCUAUCCCUACAGAGACCACAGUCAUGUCAAAGGCUGAUGACCAACAUCCAAAACCUCACCAGCAACAUCUUCGUCCAGAUCCUGCAGAACUUGCAGCUUCGGUGAGGCUAAGGAUGCAGAAGUCCAGCUUACGGAAGGAGGAUAGGAGAUCUAGUUCAGGAAACUGGAGCGGAACAGACAGCACAAGAACAUCAGUGUGCUCAGAACAGGACAGUCAAGUAACUCCUCCAGCUAACAUGGAUGCAUCCCCUUCAGAUUCUGCAGUGUCAUUGUCCAAUGAGGUAGAAUGUUCUCAGGGAACGCCUAUCGCUCCUUGUGCUAAUUCAUCAUUCCCUGGGUUAAUCAAUGGAGAUGGUUCUCGUCCCUGCUUCCUUCCUGUUCAAAAGUCGUCCCUUAGUUCCUCUAGUGGGAGUCCGACCCCAACAAAUGAAAUAGAAGCAGCAGGUGGAAACUUCACCAGAUUAGACACUGAGACAUGGUUAAAGAGUGUGGGUGCCUCCACGGGUCCUGCACUUGCUUCUGUACAUAGUAAACCAGAACUUGGUAACAUGGCUCCUUCUGUUAAAGGACCACUCAAACCUCAGCUAUCCUUCGGUGAUUCCUCCUCAGAAUCUUCAGUGGAGAAUGCAGCAAGUAUUGUCUCUGAUAACACUUCCCUAGACCUUGAUGCUUAUUUUGGAGACUCUGCUGAAGAAUUCCCUGACACAGACAGUCUUUCUGCAUUCUCUGUUGAUCAAGAAGGGUACUGGACCUCGAUGCACUCUGACUGUGGACUCUCUCCAAAGCAUACCAAGCACCCUACAAUCCCUGAGCAUCCACAGAGUGUUGGCUAUGACUACGACAUCGCAGCUCACUACAAGGGUAAGGAAAGUCGCAGAGGGUUCAUCACACCAAGGAACAAGGUAUCCAAGGACAGCAAUCAGCAAGCUCCACCUCUACCCACAAGGGAUGAUUCUUUCUCAUUAGAUGCACAUCUUGGUAACCUACAACUUCAGCCUCACUUAGAUGGCAGUCCCAUAUCCAUGGAUUCUUCAUCACCUUCAAACCAGACCCUCACCAAUGAUUCGGAUGGAAGUCGAAGUGUGACACCAGCUCCAAGCGACAUGUCAGACGUCAGCAGUGCCAGCUACGAUCUUCCACCUCCUCUGUGUAGCCCUAAUGAUCCUCAGAUGUACAGCUUGGGCUAUGGAGUGGCAAAUAAGGCUACAGGGAUACCCGGAGGGACAGCAUCCACCGGCAGACAGGCUCCAAUCAGUGCUCUCAGUAUGGCCACCGGGGUAUCCUCCAAUGGGUUGCUGUAUACGCAGUCCUUGAUCAACGGUGUUAGUAGGUUAUCAGAAGCAUCCCCUGCAGCCACUAGCUCUCAGCAGACCAGUGGACAGAACAUGGUUUCUAUUGGUCUUCAGAACCACUUCCCUGCAGUUUCCUCUGCGGCUCCUACUGCUAGCCAGGCAUCAGAUUUCUGGGCUACACCUAUACCAGGGGCAAUGCUGAAAGCAAGAGAACGUUUCUACGGGUUUAAACCAUCACCUCUUAAGCCUGAGCAGCAGAACAGCCAAGCAACGACUGAGUCUGACUCAGAUACUGUGACUCCGGUCACUAGUCCAAGGACUCCUACUGAUUCAAACAAUAUGUUCUUUGGUAUGUACCCUGGGAGUUACAGUGUUAUAAGAAAGAAAUCAAAGGACAGUACCUACACCAUCUACUCAAAUGGAAUGAGUGCUAGUCUUAUCAAUAAACCCGCAGAUGUGAUCUCACCUACAAACUCUUUGGAUAGGAAGCAAAAAUUCAAUCGAUAUGUAUCUGACUUGCAAGCACAAGCACCUCAGGCAUAUGAUGCACUUAGCCAGCUCAAGGCUGGUGAAGAGAGAACCAAAGCAAUGUCCAGGGAACAGAGAGCAGAGAUUCUGGAGCAAAUGAGGAAGUCCAAAUCUGGUGGGCGCAGCAGCAGUAUGGCCACACCUCCGGCAACUCCAACCUCCCCACCAGUCAUACCCACGACCAGUAAUGUUUCAGCAUUGCUGGCAAUAUCUUCUGCUUCGGAGUCACCUCUCAACAAGGAGGAAGCAAGGACAACUUCCUUCAGGACGUCCUACAAAGAGGGUAUAGCCGCCAAGAACCUUGACCCUGACAAAGCCAUCAUCCAUGCAGCUAAGAGACUAGAAGACAACCGUACUGAACCAGAUCCUGAGCAAGCAGAAGCUGAACAGACAGACGGAAGUUCUGCCGAAUCAGGUAAUGUUGCAGGACGUCCAACAACUCCUAAGAAUAUAGCUGUAGAUACUGCAGAAGAUCCUGAAUAUACCCCAUAUGUGUUCGACCCUCAGCGACAACCAGGUAGCUCUAUAUUAAAAGGGAGUGCCAAGAAAGACGAUCUCCAUGCCAGGAUUCACAAAUCAAAGAAAAAGUUGAAUAUCUCUACAGAUCCCUUCGAAGAUACAACUAUAGGACAAAUGAUGGCUGCUGAUUCCCCUUAUGACAAUGUUCCCCCCAAUAUAAGAACUAUUCGCUUCUCUGAGACUGUAACAGUAGAAAACACUCCUGUCCGUGUGUGUUUAGUUUCAGGUAAACCAAGAACUAAUAUGAGUGACUUUAAGGCGCUAUUGCAGCAGCAAUCUCAGCCAAUAGGUUCUAGGACAGUAUCUGCAUGCUAUGCGUUGAAUGUAAAGGGUAGUGUCAAAGGGCCUAGGAAUGCGGAGCUCUUGUAUCGGGGCAUCUUACAGGAGGAAGAUGACACAAGAAAGGCAGAAGAUGAUAAAGAUUCUACAGAUAGUCCUGUCCCGGAAAGAAAGAUUGUGACUGUUAGUGACUUGAAAAAUGCCAUGGCAUCGGCAAGGGGCAAUGUUAGGAUGGUGAAUGUGGAGGAAGCUCGAGAAAAACAUGAAAUUGUGAACAAAUCUAGUUGUGCAACAGUGACUGCCAUACCAGAAAUCUCAUCACUUCCAAUCAGGGAAACUGUUAUAAAUGGCUCAGAUGACUCGCCAGAGAAUGAUGUAAAAACAACAGAAGAGACUGUAUCGAAUCACUCACCUGCUUCUUCAAGUUUGGGUAAAAGUACAGAUGAUCAUUGUAAGAAUAGUUGUGAAGCAUCAGGUACACCUGAGACAAUAUCCUUGAAUAACAACAACAACCAUAACACAGAUUCCAUCCAUGCUACAUCGACAGAUAUUCCUCCUGUCAACAUCCUCAAGAACAAUGUCACUCCUGAAGUGUAUCCCACUCUUGCCACCGUGGUGGAAUCAGCCCAGGAAAGCAGUGAGGACUCUACUGUAAAGCGCAUUCCCAAGCAUUCCUGGUCCGAUACCGAUCUCAACCGUUCCAACCUGAUGGCCGCUAUCAGGGAUCGAGGAAAGCAGGUGGACCAGCGGGAGGCAGCUGUAGCCAGCCUGGAGGAAGCAAGAGAUGCCGGGAAGAAAGGCAGUCCGGUAAGACGGGCCAUGCCUGUCAGUAGGUCGGAAGGUAGUAUCCAUUCUAUCCUGGACUCUGUCAAACACUCAAUACAGAAGAUGUCGCCGAAGCAUGAAGCUCAUGAUGGAACGGAUAUGGAUUAUCCCUCUGAUGCUUGGGAUUAAUUGUAUUUCAUGAACAUAUUUCCUUACCAGCUGAAUGACCCUUUUGUAUGAAUACAACAGAUACAAGGUCUGAACCUAAAGCUAAAGUUGCUUAUCUAAGAAAUGAAGAAAAGGAAUUUUGUAAGCUAUGUCAGAUAUUUAUUUCUCCUCAUUUCUUUCUUCCAAGCAAAGAAUAUAUUUAUGUAUGUUGUACAUGUUACACACCAGAAAGAACUUGUUAUUUUUAGUUUUUAUAUGACGAUCAGUUUACCACUUGCGAAUCAAAAAUUAUGUAUCCAUUGACAAAGACAGUUCAUAUUUUAGAGUUCAUAUGUACUCAGUGAUUUUUAUAUUUUCAAUCUUUUAAUUAUUG